AUGGUCCAGCUAAAGGAGGUGGCUGAACAAGUCGUGCAGCAGAAUAACACAAAAGUGCUGCAGGAUCUGAGCUUUCCGAGUGUGUUCCAGUACCUCGGGGUGGCACAGUACUCUCUUGGGGAUCUGGAGGAGGCGACCAAGACGUUUGAAUUAGCAGUCAAAGUGAACGAAAAUGACUCUCAAAGUUGGGUACAUUUAGGAAACUGCUACCUUUUUCAGAAGAGACUACCGGAAGCAGUGGCUGCGUUGGAAGUUGGAGUGAAGCAGAAAGGGUCGGUGAAGAGCUUGUACGCACUGGUCAAAGCAAGGAACUGGAUGGCAGAUUGGGAAGAUAGAGAGGACUCGCUAGGUCAGCUCCGUCGGCGAGCUUAUGACGAGUUAGAGGCAAGGGCCGAGAUACUUUGCUGCGAUGAGCGUACGAAUCUAAACCUACAAGCUCCAGAAUUGCGAAUUGGCUUCGUAUCGUCGGAUUUCGGUGUACAUCCUGUCUCAUCGCUGCUACGCGGUUUACUGGCGCUGCUCUCGAGUCCGGAUCACCAGACAAAAGUCUACUGCUUUUCACUAUCAGAUGCGUCGUCCUGGUGGAGUCGAAACAUCUCCCGUACUGUUGACUUUAUGAUAUCGCUGAAUGGUAAAAACACUCUGGACGCAGCCAAACUUAUCCAAUCGUAUGGCAUUCACGUGCUAGUGGACUUGAAUGGACACACACUUCUCUCCGGCAUUAGUAUUUUCACUCACCGCCCAGCUCCUGUCCAAGUGGCGUAUCUCGGCUACCCAAAGACGACCGGAUAUCCGUCCAUCGACUAUAUCGUGAGUGACGGGGUGGCUACUCCUGCAGAGACGAGUGGAGGGAGCUUCUCCGAGAAGCUACUUCUGCUACCGACGCACUACAUUGUCAAUGAUCACCUGCAAAUGCUUGGACAUACAAUACAAGGCAAGCGACCGAGACUCUCCACUUUCUUUGAUCUAGACGACUACACAUUCGUCUUUGCCACGUUCAGCAACUGGCAGAAAAUGGAUCCGUCCGUCUUCAGUGCUUGGAUGGAGAUUCUGGCUCGUGUUCCAAGCAGCGUGAUGUGGUUUCAGGAAUAUUUUGGCCACGAAGGAGCGAUCACAAACCUCCGUAACGAAGCAGAAGCUCACGGUAUUAACGGCAAGAGACUCAUUUUCUCGCCGCUAGAUCCGUGGAUUGAUCACACUUAUCGAAAGCGCAUCGCAGACCUCGUUCUCGAUACAUCGAUGAAGAAUGGACACACGACCGUCCUAGACGCUCUGUGUGCUGGUGUGCCCGUGAUCACUCUGGAAGGAGAUCAAAUGAGCAACCGAGCCACGAGUUCUGCGUUGAAUGCACUGGAUUUACACGACAUGACGGUACACUCGAUCAAGGAAUACGUCGAAGUUGCAGUCUACCUUGCUACUCACAAGCACGUGCUCGAAAAGCUUCGGAAGAAAGUGGAAGACAAUCGGUUGCACUAUCCGCUUUUCGACACCGCCAAAUACGCGACUAAGUUCGAGGAGUCGAUCAAAGCUGCCUGGCAAUUGAAAAAGUCGAGACUUCGAGGUCCAACACGAGAAAUGCACAUCUUCCAGUCGACGGAGGCCUCAGCUGUGUGGCCGCGUGACUUCCCGGUUCUGUCAGCAAAAGAGGACAGUAAUGCUGAAGACGAGUAUGUCGUUCGUGUUCAAAAUGCACUGGACACUCAACAGCCGAUUCAACUUCACAUUGGAGGCCACGUCAAGGAUCCGGACUGGUGGAUCGUGGAUGCCAACGACGGAGAUAUCGUGGACUUCGUCAUGUACAUUUCCAAUCUGUACGCUUUCCCAGACAACUCAGUGGACGUCCUCUACUCGUCACACGUUCUAGAGCACUGUACACACGGAUUCGGACGCGAGCUCGAGCAUACACUGCGUGAAUGGCAUCGAGUCCUGCGUCCUGGAGGGCAACUGCUCGUGUCUGUACCAAACCUCUUUGCACUCGCCACGCUCUUCACCAACGAGAGUAUCCCACAUCAAGAUCGCGUAUGGAUCAUGACGGUUAUAUACGGCGGACAGAUCGACCAGUACGACCUCCACAAAGUGGGGUUCGAUGAGGCUAUCUUGCUCGCCUAUCUCACUCAAGCUGGCUUCUGUGAGUUCACACGGUACGACGACUUCGGACUGUUUGCCGACUCCAGCAUCCUCGUUGUACACGACACGCCUAUCAGCCUCAAUAUUCAAGCCAAAGUCUGCAAGUAA